AUUGUUUUGCUUUGCCGAAGCAGCUGCUGAAUUGAGAUUAAUUUAUAAAUAUAAAUAAAGCAACAAGCAGUUAAAUUACACAAUGGGAUUCCUUACAGUAUUGAAAAAGAUGCGUCAAAAGGAAAAGGAGAUGCGUAUACUCUUGCUUGGCCUGGACAAUGCCGGAAAGACCACGAUCCUAAAGCGUUUCAACGGAGAGCGAAUUGAUGAAAUCUCGCCCACCCUGGGCUUUAAUAUUAAGACCUUGGAGCACAAAGGCUACACUUUAAACAUGUGGGACGUUGGCGGCCAGAAAUCGUUGCGUUCAUAUUGGCGUAAUUAUUUCGAGUGCACAGAUGGCCUCGUCUGGGUUGUGGAUAGUGCGGAUCGUAUGCGUCUCGAGAGUUGCAAGCAGGAGCUGCAGGUGCUGUUGCAAGAAGAACGUCUAGCUGGUGCAACAUUACUUGUGCUCUGCAACAAACAGGAUUUGCCUGGCGCUCUAAAUUCAACAGAAAUCAAAGAGAUAUUAAGUUUAGAGGACAUUACAUCACAUCACUGGUUGGUAGUUGGAGUUAGCGCAGUAACAGGAGAAAAACUUUUAAGUUCAAUGGAUUGGCUUAUAGAUGACAUUGCCAAGCGAAUAUUUACAUUAGAUUAAAGUCAUUAGCUUACUUCUCAAGUAAA